AUGAUUUCUAAUCCCUCUAAAAAGACACCCCAAGCAGGGCCGACCAAUGUCGACACCAAUACUACAGAGGUGGCUGACCAACAGACUGCUAUUCCACCAAAUUCAACCCAAACGGAGGUGAAUAUCGAUGAUGAUGGAAUCAAUUUGGUCUCUCUCUGGGAUAGAGCAUACGAUUUGCUCAAAGAGGAAGAGGAAACGUGCAGGUUACUAUCUGUGUAUGAAGAUCUUCUAUCUCGAGUGCCUAUUCAAGGUGAAGUAACCUCUCUAUCGGUACCCACAUGGGAAAAGGACGCCGGCGAUGUCGAGAAUCGGAUCCCCCAGCAUGACACGGCCGCGCGCCGAGAGACACUGAAAGAGAUCGCCGAGUCAGGCUUGCAGUAUAUGGACAAUAAGAAGGCCAAGGUUACUAUUCUAGGACAUGAGAUUCGUCUGCAAGACGGGGUGGGUCAGUUUGGCGAGGCAGUGGAUUGGGCCCAAACCUAUAUCAAAGAUGCGAUAAAAGACGUGCCUUAUGCACCAGCGGUGAUGGCCGGUAUCUCGCUGGUCCUUCCGCUCUUGAAAAGCCCAGCCGCUGUUGAUGAGGCUAACCGUCAGGGAUUUGCGUAUGUCACAUCACAGAUGAGCUAUUACGCUGAAAUGGAAUCACUUCUUUUACCAGAGGAUAUGAGACCCGAUUUAAGGACGGACUUGACCACCCGUAUCAUUGACCUAUAUAAACUCAUCAUUGAAUUUCAGGUACGGAGUGUUUUGAGGUUCUAUCGCAAUUCGACCAAAAACUACUUCAGAAGUGUCAUCGACUAUGACGGCUGGAACGAUCAACUAGUCCACCUCAAAGAGAAAGAGGCAAGCCUUGCCCAGCAGUUCGAUACUGUUUUGUCCAGUACAAGCUUAGAGCAGCUAAAAAGACUGGCUAAGGAAGCGGAAACAUGGCGGCAGGCCGUGAAUGCUGAUCUUCAGGAGCUUGUUAGUAUAUCUCGGAGGGCUGAGCAACGCUCGUCUGACGUUGACUUCCGACAAUGGCUAAACAUUCUCCAAAUCACUGAUCCUAGUCUUGACAAAACUCGCAUCGAAGGAGACAAAGGCGGCCUACUCAGAGACGCAUAUUGUUGGGUGCUCGAUCAUGUCGAUUUUCAGAGAUGGCGGGAUGCAAAAUCGGGCCAGCUUCUGUUAAUCGCAGGUGAUCCUGGAAAAGGCAAGACAAUGUUACUCUGCGGUAUCAUUGAUGAGUUAUCUAAGCUACCUAAGCUGGCCGUGCAUAAUACGAAUAUCUCAUAUUUUUUCUGCCAAGCCACCAACAUCCGCAUCAACAACGCUUCGGCAGUCUUGCGGGGACUGAUAUUCAUGCUUGUAAAACAGCAACCUUCCCUUAUCACCCAUAUCCACGGCGGUCGAUUCGAAGGCGAGACUGCAUGGGUGGAGUUAUGUAGAGUACUCACCAAUAUCCUGGAUGAUCCACAUCUGGAAAGUACUUAUCUGAUUGUUGAUGCACUUGACGAAUGCGUUGCGGGCUUGGACCAACUUCUUGAUUUCCUUGUCCGGAAAUCCUCGGCUUAUUCACGCGUCAAAUGGAUCGUUUCCAGCCGAAAUUGGCCAAAUAUCAAGAAAGACCUGAAAAGAACCUCGACUUCAAAUCUAUGUCUUGAGUUGAACAGAGAUACUCUGUCGGCUGCAGUGGACUUGUUCAUCUGUCACAAGGUCAACGAAUUGGCCGAGAGGAAUGGUUAUAAGCCUGAGACUCGAGAGGCUAUUCAUCGUCACCUGGAAUUGAAUUCACAAGGUACUUUCCUCUGGGUAGCAUUGGUUUGUCAGAGACUCGCCAAGGUCGCAGACAGGAAUGUAUCUGGGAAAUUGAAAGAUAUCCCGCCAGGUCUUGAUGAGCUUUACAAGCGAAUGUUAGACAAUGUCGGUGAAACGGAUGAUGCAGAGCUUUGUAAGUCUCUGCUCUCUGUGACAGCUACCGUCUUUCGUCCUAUAACUCUUGAAGAACUUGCGUCUUGCAUCGAAUUACCUGGAGGGAUUGCGGACGAUACUGAGGCUCUGACAGAGAUUGUGGGAAAUUGCGGUUCAUUCCUGACCCUUCGAAAUGGCACAAUCUCCUUGGUGCAUCAGUCAGCCAAAGACUUCCUCCUCCGAGAAGCAGGCCAUAUUAAAUCUCCCGAGGGAAUAAAACAGAUGCACUAUUCUAUUUUCUCAAGGUGCUUACAAUCCAUAUCCAAAACGCUGCGGCGCGAUAUUUAUAGCUUAGUGAUGCCCGGGUUUCCCGUUGGCCGGGUUCAACAGCCAGAUAUUGAUCCGCUUGGCGCAAUGCGUUACCCGUGUAUUUUUUGGAUAGAUCAUUUUCAAGAAUGCUGUCCUAUCAAGAACGCAAAAGAAGACCUCCAGGAUAGCGGUUUAGUCGGCAAAUUCUUGCGCCAGGACUACCUCCAUUGGCUCGAGGCUCUUAGUUUGUCAAAAAGCUUAGCCAAGGGCGUAACGUCAAUGUUGAAACUCGAAAACUCUCUCAAGGUAUGUAUUUAUAAUAAAAACAAGGAAUUUGGUUAA